UCCAUGGGAAUAGAGUAAUGUAUGAUUACCCAAUUGAAAGAAAAAGAGCAAAGAUUUCUCUGUCCUGAUAGGUCAGUUGAACGCUAUUCUAAGCGACGAGUAGAUUUUCGAACGCAACUCAAGAAUCCCACGGAACUGACCGAAGCAUGAUGAUGAAAAACUGAUUUUCAUAAUUUACAAAUACGCGAUCCAGAAAUAUCGCUGUCACACAUAUGGACUGAAAUAACAGCCAAGAUCGGCGAAAAGAAACGUAAACGUAAACCUCGAUGAACCUUGUUUACAUACUUCGGUGCAAUUCUCAAAGAAUUCUCUGGAUAUAAUGGAGCAAGCAAGAUGGAAUACACCUAGCAAAGUGCGAAGAGUCGAUAGCCCUUUGAUAAAUAAUCUCUGGAUGUAUAGGACACCGGUGAAACAAAACGAAUUGCGGUUAAGGCGACCUUUUGAAUCUCACAAUCAAAAUAAUGCACAAUCUUUACCUUUUACCGGUCUAUCGACUCACAUCACUCCACCAUCCAAGCUUAGGAAGCUCAUUACUAAAAAUCCAUUUGAACCUGACUUGAUUAAUAGACUGCAUCUACCUGUCAUCAGCCCAACUAUAUUUACUAAGGUAUCGAGCCCUAUGCAAGAGUCACCAGGAUUUAAAUGGAACAUAGAUGAAUUAGCGCAUAUGAAGCCAGCAAAGAUUGAAGAGUUUCCUGUGCAUCAAGUACAUACUCCGGACCCAGAACUGGAGAUAAAAGCCCAGGCAGCUAUAGAUAGGUUCUUUAAGCAAAAUUAUAUAAUUCCAAGUCCUUGGGAUAUCAGACAAAAAGAGACUAAACCAUCCUUGAAUACUCCUAAUAGGCCUCUGGAUGAUUUAAAUUCUACUAAAGAUCUUUCAAAAUCAAAAAAAGAGGCAUGGAGUCAGACAGUAUUAUCUUUACCUUUUAAUCUACCGCAAAAUGUUGAAGAAGCCUUGAAACCUUUCUUCACAUUUACUCAGGAACAAAACACAGAUGGUGACGAUGUAAAUUUAAGUUAUAAUUCACUAAGGAGAAAAUUAGUUUUUAAUCAUGACGAAUAUACUGAUAAUGACGGUUUUAUAUCUUUAUCACCAGUUAAAACAAAUACUUCCAUGACAUUAUCCUGUAGUCCUCCACAAAGUGGUAUGUUUGUCUAUGGCACACCAUUAAAGAGGUUGUUGCAAACUGAACAAAACAAGUCAUCUGCAGUAAAAUCUAAAAGUAUUUCCCCACCUGACAUAUCACCAAUACAUACUACGGAGAACAAUGUGUUGUGUGAGAAAAUUGCACGCAGUUCUCGUUCAGCUAUUCGUUUAGACUUUGCAAUGGAUAUGAGUACAGACAAUGUAGUUAUGGGCAAAAGCGAAAAUUCGAUUAAUGGUUAUCAUUUAUUUUUACUUCUCAAAUUUAAAGUUCUAAAUACAUCCUUGGAUAAGAAUGACAUGAAACAUACUGAAGACAAUCAUGAAAUAAUAAGCAUACAUAAUGAUGAAACAAAUGUAUGUGAUUCUAUUAAUAUGGAAGAAUUACCAAGAUGUAUAAAUUCAGUUAAUAUGGAUACUGUGUAUUUCGACGCUGUCCUAUUCAAUGAUAAAGAGGACAAUAAUGAUAUAGAUUUAAAGAUUAAGACUGAAAUAAAAAAUUCUGUGCAGAAAAAUCACAGACAAAAUAACACAAUGUUUGGCACGUUUGAUCAGCAAAGUAUUUCAAAUUCAGUUCAAGACACUGGUUAUCAAACUUAUAGUAUGAAUAGUACAAUGCAUACAGUGGACAAUUAUAGCAAUAUAUCAGUGAAUUACAAAACUCAUAGGAACGAACAAGUAACAUCUAAAAAUAACAAUACUCAACUAUCUUGGAGAGAGAAUAUAGGAAGUGUAUUCAGUUCCACACCAUCCAAAUGUAAUAAGAAUUGAAUAAUUCGAAUCUAUAUAACGAAAAUUAGAUUGCAAUAUUCAAUUUACAAUUGAUUUUAGCAAAUGUAAUAAAUAUGACU